AUGACAGUGCAGAUCUGCAGUGUAUAUAAGCCUGUGAUGUGGCUGCUCUCAGUAGGUAUACACUUGCAUUAAGGACGGAGCAGGUGUAAGAAGAUGUACCUCUAUUGCAUUUUGUUUUUGCUUAGCAGCUUCUGUUUUACUCAGUGCAAAAUUUCAGAGUACCAGUUGGAGUCAGAGGUUGGGAGUCAGUGCGAACAGCUGAGAGCUGUUGGAGCGGCACAACAGCAGGACCAUGUUCCCCAGUGCUCAGAGGAUGGUCGUUACAGACAUGUGCAGUGUAAUCGUCUUGGGGAGUGUUGGUGUGUCAAUGGAGAUGGAAGUGAAAUUUCUGGUAGCCGGCAGAAUACAUCUGUCGUGCAUUGUCUGACAUCCUGCCAGCUGCAGAGGCAGAGGGCAUUGCUGAGCCAAGACACUGAUCUGGUACCUCGAUGCAUGGAAUCGGGCGAGUACCAGCCUGUUCAGUGUGAUGGAGCUUUAGGCCAGUGCUGGUGUGUGGACCUGGAGGGCAUGGAGAUCUAUGGCACAAGGCAAAAUGGCAGGCCAUCAGAGUGCCCAGGUGCGUGUCAUGUGAGGGAGCGUAGGCUUCUCCACGGCGUUGGAGAGCCGUCUCCCCCUCAGUGUUCAGAUGACGGAAAUUUUCUUCCUGUGCAGUGCAAGUUGAUUAACACCACUGACAUGAUGGUCUUUGAUCUGUUACAUACCUUCAACAGAUUUCCAGAGCUCUUCCAGACAUUCAGUGGUUUUAGAAAGGCUUUCCCGGAACUGUCCAGCUACUGUUACUGUGCUGAUACGCGAGGCAGAGAGCUACCCAAAACUGGACUGGAGCUGCUUCUGAGCGAGGUAUAUGAUACAGCAUUCUCAAGCCAGGAUUUAGGACGCUCCUUCUCCGAUUCCAAUAUGUAUCGAAUCCUACAGAGGAGAUACCUUGCUGUCCAGUUGGCCUUGUCUGGGCAAUUUAGAUGUCCAACACCAUGUGAAAGUGAGCAAUCUGCAAGCUCUCAGGCUGGUAAUGUCUUUGUGCCUUCAUGUGAUGCCCGUGGAAACUUCUUACCAACCCAGUGCCAGGCUGGUGGACAGUGCUGGUGUGUGGACUCUGAUGGCAAGGAGAUAUUUGGGACUCGACAAAGUGGAGUUCCUAACUGUCGUGGCGCAGCAAAAGCCUGCUUCUCUGAAAGGAGACAAGCUCUCUCCAGACUCUUUUAUGGUCCAGCUGGAUACUUCAGUCAGAAUAAUGUUUUUUUAACAUCUUCAGCCAACACGCAGAAGACCUUCUCUCCUCAUAUGCCAUGCAGCCUUGAGUUCCAAGAGAUUCUGGCCAAAUCUGGUCUUUUUGGAUCCUUACCUGAGUCAGAGCAUUUAGAUAUUGGUGACAUACUGGCUGAGAUUGUUCAAGGAUUGUUCCCCACAGGAGCUCUUGCUUUAAAGGCCUUGUCUCUCACCACGAACCCAAAGAGACUCCAGGAGAACCUUUUUGGGGGAAAGAUCUUAAAAAAUGCUGCUAGCUUUAACUUUACUGGUACUGUUGGUACCAGAGGCACUUUGAGAUUUGGUCAGGUUUUCAGUCAGAUUGGCUUGAUCCAAAAUGGCGAGGACCUCCUGCAGCUAGCCAGGUUCUUCUCAGAUGACUCCAUAAAUUUAAAUCUGGAUCAAAAUAUUUCAGAUUCAUAUGGUCGCUCUGUAAACCUUAAGCGCAACAGAGACUUGAUCAGGCUUAUUGGGACAGUCCUGGAAAAUGAGCAGUUCUUUUCUACACUACAACAGACAAUUACCUUACUAAAAGCAGAAGAUAACACCCAGCUAGGACCAAUUUUCCAGGCAGUGUUUCAGAAAGACAUUUGUGAGUCAGCUGCUGCGCCUCUGUAUGUACCUCAGUGCACUGAAGAUGGCCAGUAUCAAGAGAUUCAGUGCCAGGGCUCAGAGUGCUGGUGUGUUGACUCUAAUGGGCUAGAGAUUAUGGGUUCACGCUCUACUGGGUCCAGACCAAGGUGCCCAUCUCAGUGUGAGAAGGAGCGCAGGAUGGCCAUAGGAAUAAAAUCCAGCAGGUCAGCGGGAUCUGAGGUGUUCAUUCCGAAAUGCGAGAAAGAUGGAGACUAUGUGCCAUUGCAGUGCCUUGGAAAGAGCUGCUUUUGUAUGGACCACACUGGAGCUAGACACAACACACUGAGCUCUGGAGGCUCUCUACAGUGUCCAAAAGACUGCCAGGUUACUGCAGCUCAGUAUUUCCUGAACACAGUCACCUCCAUUCUAGCCAGUCCUGCUUCGUUAUCACUUUCUGAUAUCUACAUUCCUCGCUGCACUUCAGAUGGCAGCUGGCACCAGAUUCAGUGUGAUGGCCCUCCUGAACAAGCCUUUCUGUUCUACACUGAGUGGAGCCAAGUCAAUAAUGCUGGAAAGCAACUGCCUGUAUCUGAGUUCCUUAAUAUUCUGCAAGAAUACAGGCGAAAUCUAGAAGCAAUGGCGUCAUUCAAGGGUUUCCUGUUUGCAUUAUUCCAGGCAAGACAUCAGAAAGUAUUUCCUUCCUUGGCCAGGUUUGACACGUUUUCAGAACUACCGUCUGAAAUCCUAGAUGGGAAUGCUGAAACUCUUUUUGGACCGUCUGUUUUCCUCAACCCUCUGUCCCUAUGGAGACUUCUCAAAGGGAACGCUAGCCAAUAUCCAGGGCCACUGUCAGACUUUAGUGCUCCUCUGGGACAUUUUAACCUGCGCCAGUGCUGGUGUGUGGACCAGAAAGGAGCCAUGCUACCUGAUUCCAAAACUUCACUUAACCAGGUUCCAAAAUGUCCAGGGUCAUGUUCUUUGGUUCGUGAUCAAGCUGAUAAAUUCUUGGCAGAGGCAGAGAGGCUGAUCGCUCUCUCUAAUAGCACUCAUAUACCUGUGGGUUAUAGCUUCCUCCUGGCAGAGAGUAUAAAACUGAGCCCUGGGGAGCUUCAACAGGCAGUCAGUCCUGGGUUUCAGAUCUCUGAUGUUCUAUUGAGUAAUACAAACUCUGCCUUGUACCUUGCAGCAUAUUCUACCCUUCAGUUUUACUGGCAGAGCAGCCUUUUGGCUAGUGGAAGAGACAGUCAGAGUCUGCUGUUUGGUUAUCAGCCGUAUAGCCCACAGUGUGACGCUUUUGGCCAGUGGCUGCCUAGUCAAUGUCAUCCAAGCACUGGUUAUUGUUGGUGUGUGGAUGAAGAUGGAGGUUACAUUACUGGAUCUCUUACUGCUCGCUCCAUACAGCCUCCACAGUGUCAAACUACAUGCCAAAGAUUACAAACACAGUUUAGUAUGUCUGUUUGGAUUAAGGCGACAUCAAACACGACUGUUUCCUACAGCUCAUCCUGUGAGGAGGAUGGAGAUUUUUCUGUGCUCCAGAAGUAUGAUCCCAUCAAGAAUGUUGCCGUGUGUGUCAGUCCUGCUACUGGAGAGGUCAUCCAAUCCGCCACACUUAGCCCUACAGGAGAGCUCCAAUGUCCCAGUUGGUGUGCUCUUCGGAAAAAUCUGGCGUCUGAACGAGAAGCAGGUAUUGGCUAUGAGCCAGAGUGCGUGGAACAUGCUCAGACCUUCACACCUCAGCAGUGUGAUGACGUUCAUUGCUGGUGUGUUUCUAAAAGUGGCCAGGAGAUCCCCUCUACUCGCAGCCCCCGCUUAGUAAAAACACUUUCCUGUGAUUCUCCUCUGUGCCCUCUUGUCUUUGGCAUCUCUAUCUCCCAUGGUGCUAUUCUCUGUGCCAAUGAAAGUGUGGCUGGGAAGCAGAGGCAACGCUGUGAGGUUUUCUGUGACCAAGGUUAUAUCAACGCCCUGUAUGCAGAAACAUUCUUGUGUGAUCCGAUGACCAGGACCUGGCUGGGUGAAGCUCCUCUGGUCUACUCCUGCCAAAGAGCUCAGCCUCUGCAGAUUGUUCAGGUAACCACAAUGCUGCAGUUGUCUCUGGAAGAGAAUCAGCAAAGCUGCAGUGUUCAGCGUUCUCUGCUGCAAGCAUCUCUACUGUAUAGCAUGCAAGCAGCAGGACUCUGCAGCCUAAAGCUAUCUUCUGGUCAAUACAUCUCAAUUUGUGAUGAGUCGUCUGUCUCCUUGGAGUGUAUGAGCCAGCAAAACUUAACUGCGUACGUCACUUUUAAAGCUCGCCUCUCUGAUCUGCCAGUCAGCGUCCUGCCUGAUCUGCAUGAUGUUGACACUGCACUUAGCAGUCAGAUGAAGCUGAAGGAGGUGAUGGUGUUGAUCAGGAACAAGUCGUACCAAUCAGUCUUCAUCCAGGAAAGCACUACAGCGUCGUCAUCGCCUGCCUUUUUCAGCUGCUCUUCAGGUUUUCAGCUACUCCCAGACUCCUCUGGGUGUGUGGUAUGUCCAGCUGGCUCGUUCUCCAGUGGAGGUAGAUGUGUUGCAUGUCCACGUGGCUCAUAUCAGUCUGAAGCAGGGAAGGCCUUAUGCCUCCCCUGUACAUCAGGAACCUCCACAGAAGCACUAGGAGCCUUCAGCCUCUCAUACUGUGUUUCGGAGUGUCAGCGGAGUAAGUUCAACUGUACUGAAAAGGGUGACUUCCUGUCAGCCCAAAAGCUCUUCAUGUCUGGCAAGUGGCUUUGUGUCACUGUAGAAGGGGAGGAACUGUCUUGGACGUCUGCAGAUGAGCCACUCACUGCAGAGCAAUGCAAAGUUUUGAAAAAGUUCAAGACUGUUCCAGUCUCAUCACUGUUGUUGGAUUCUUUGGAUGCUGUGGUGCUGCAGUCAAGUCCCUCCCCACAGCCACUGGAAACUCAGAUUAGAGAAUGUGUGCUUGACUGUGCAAAAGAGGACUCGUGCCAGUAUGUUACUGUUUUCCCUGAUGGAACACAGACCGUCUGUGACCUCUACAGCACAGACACAACUAAUGUUGAAUGCCAGACCUCUCAGGAAACCAAAGGGUUUCUGGGAAAUGAAGCAGCUGAUACAUUCCAAGCUUUGAGCUGCUUGUUGAAAGUCAAGGUUGGAGACAAGCCCAAUCUAACAGUGCUUAGAAAGAAAGGAUAUGAAUUCAACAUUUCUGGCGUUAAGAGCUUUAAGAGACUGAAUUUUCACAAAGUGAAUUCUGGAGUGUAUCGCACUCUUGUAUUUGAAGCAUCCAAGACAUCUCUAGAUGAUGUCCACCACUUCUGUGUGGACACCUGCAGUCAGGAGAACUGCUGUGAUGGCUUUAUUCUCAACCAGAAUGUCCUUAAUGGAGGAUCAGUGAUGUGUGGCCUGCUGAGUUUUCCUGGUGUGCUGCAGUGCAAUGCGGAGGACUGGGACAUAACUGGCUUAGCUUCAUCCGGCCGGACCUGUGGAGCUGGACUCAAAUAUAACAAACAGCAGAAACGUUUUACUUUUGAAUUUGGUGGACAGAAUUUCACAAUCACUGAUUCAGCGUUGCCAGCAUCAAGCAAAAAUAAAUCUGAUUACCAAGCCACUAUUAUCAGCUUUCAGCAAGUGUACCUCUGGACAGAGUCAGAUAUGAGCACUCGACCAAAGACUCGGGGGGCGUGUGGAGGAUCAGCACUUUCAGACUUUUCUAUGCCCACACUGUCUGAAUCAGUGAAGGAGAAUUUCGAGGUUCUUGACACCAAUGAAAUUAAGACUGACUCAACGAAGGAAACACCAAGCCAGCGGUACUGGGUCUUCAAACACCAGUUUACUUUAGCAGAAGGCCAGCUCUGGUGUCUCAAACGUUGUAUGGAAGAGGAGUUUUGUCAUGUUGCAGACCUUCGAGAUGAAGGCCCCGUGCAUUUUACAUGCCUCCUGUAUCCUGAUACCCGAGUCUGUGGAGCCUAUGACAAGCCUCUGAGACAGGCCUGCAGUCUGGUACUGCCCCAGGACCCUCAGACUGCCUACCAGAAGAAGGUGAAUCUAACUGGCAGUGUCAAAAACUUCUACAGCCGUGUGCCUUUUAGAAAGAUGGUAUCUUAUUCUGUCCGCUACCGUGUUCCUAUGCUCAACAAGUCCAUCCCUGAAGGGUUUUUUGAAUGUGAGAGGCGCUGUGAUGAGGAUCCCUGCUGUAGAGGAAUCGGCUACAUUCAAGACACUGGAGCAUCUGAUGUCCAGUGUCUGACUCUGAAUAGUCUGGGGAUUCAGACAUGUGGAGAAAAUGAACAAACUAAGUGGAGAGUGCAGGACUGCUCUCCAUCUAUAGUACAGACUGAGGUCUACCCUUUUGGCUGGUAUGAGAAGCCAGUGAAUCAGUGGACAGAAAGUCCUGGUAUUUGUCCGUCCUUUAAACUUCGCUCUUCCUCGAAAGUUGUGGAUUCGAAAAACUGGAGACAGCUGGAUGCCUCGUAUAUCCUGGUGGACUCGUCUGUCUCUGCAUUUGAUGCAGUUCACAUCAGUAGGGAUAUUGCUGAUGACCUGGAUAAAGUUCGUGACUGGUGUCUGGCUGCCUGCGAGGAGAAUGACUCCUGCUCCGCUGUGUCAGUGGCCAGUAGAGAAUCAGCAGUGAGGUGUGUGAUGUACCCAGACACUCAUAUCUGCCUACCGACCUCAAGCGGUCAGCACUGUGUUCUCCUCAUUAAGGAACCUGCCCAGUAUGUCUACUUAAGAACUGUUUUGAGACAACAGCUAACCUCAGUGACCGUCCCUGGCCAUGGAACAAUCCUUGGUAAAAAUGAGAUGAAUCAGAUUGGGCCUGACAGCAAGAGUGUGACCUAUUUCCUGGGUGUUCCUUAUGCAAGUCCACCGACUGGUGAAAUGCGUUUUAUGCUCCCGAAGCCAGCUGAUUGGACCGGCACCUGGAAUGCCACAUUUUCCCGGCCCACUUGUCUUCAGCCUGGUGAUACUGAUGAUUCCGGCUCCAGUGAAGACUGUCUCUACCUUAACAUAUUUGUUUCCAGCAGUGUGAAGCAGCCUGCUCCAGUCCUAGUGUUCUUCCAUAAUUCUGGCUCCGGCUUGUUAGAUGGCUCUUACCUUGCUGCUGUAGGAAACAUUAUCGUUGUGACAGCAAAUUUUAGGGUGGCUGCUUUUGGAUUCCUUAGCACAGGUUCCAGUGAUCUUUCUGAGAACUAUGGGCUGCAGGACCAGGUAGCGGCACUACGCUGGGUACAGGAGAACAUCGCACUUUUCGGAGGAGAUCCCACUAGAGUGACAUUAGGAGCAGACAGAAACGGUGCAGACGUUGCCAGCCUCCAUCUGUCCUCAUCUAUGUCCUCUUCUCUGUUCCACCAGGCCUUACUUAUGGGUGGCUCAGUGUUCUCUCCAGCUACAGUAAUGAGCAAACAGAAAGCUCAGGAGCAGGCUGUGUCUCUGGGUUUAGAGUUAGGCUGCUCAUCAUUAGAUCCUGCGCAGCUACUUAUCUGCCUGAGACAAAAAUCUGCUGAGAGCAUCAAUGCUGCACAAACCAAGUUGCUGGCAGUGAGUGGACCCCUUCAGGCCUGGUCUCCAGUGGUAGAUGGUGUAGUAAUUAAAGAACAACCAUCAGCAGCCCUGACCUCCGGACGUUUCCACAGAGUUCCACUGAUGCUGGGCUCAUCAGCAGAGGAUGGUCUUAUCAGCAGGGCUAAAAACAUCAAGAACUUUGAGCAGCUUCAGGGACGAGCAGACAGUAAAACUGCUUUCUAUGAAGCAUUGUCCAAUUCCUUGGGAGGAGAUGCUGCAAACCAGUUUGUGAAGGAAGCAGCUACUUGGUUUUACUCUCUGCAGCACUCUCCAACUCCAUCUGGGUACAGUGUCUUCUCCCGCGCUCUAGAGAAUGCUACGAGGGAUUUAUUUAUCACCUGCCCAUCCAUUACGAUGGCCAGCUUCUGGGCCUCCAGCACCCGAUCCGCUGUUUACAUGUAUCACCUGCCCCAAGACAUGGUGCACACCAGUGUUGAUUUUACAUCUCCUCUGGAUGUGCAGUAUGUGUUCGGAUUGCCGCAUGUCCCAAAUAUGCGACAACUCUUCACCUCUUCAGAGAGACUUCUUUCUUUGCAGAUCAUGAGCUAUAUGGCCAACUUCAUUAAAUCUGGAAACCCCAACCGGCCUCUCUCGGUGUCUGGAGUGUCUUUUAGUGAGCUUUUGCCUCCCUGGCCUCAGUUCCUGCCCCACCCAAAUGGACAGAACUAUAAGGAGCUGUCUCCUACCCUCAAUAACCACAAGAGCCUCCAGGCAAACCAGUGCUCCUUCUGGUCCCAAUACGUGCCAGUUCUGAACUCGUCUACAGGGAAAUUCUUGUCCAAAAAUUUUGAUGGCGAGAAUAAACCAUCUGAAGCUCCAAAGCCCGUGUCUUUGUCUGAUUUCAGCUCUUUGGUUACACAAACCAAACCAAAGCCUGAGAAGGAUGCUUACAGUUAAUAUGUCCAAAAUUGUACAUUUACUCUACAUUUCUACAAUUACAGUUACUCAAGUUUGUUUCAAAUGUCAGCCAUCAUCACAUUUUUUUCUGCAGUUCUGUGGAUAUUUUAGUGAUGCUGUAGUGUGAUUUUUUAUGAACUUAAACAAUAAACCAGCAU